AUGGCUUCCUCAUCAACAUAUUCCCGCCACGAAACCGUCGCCGCAAUCACAGACUUCUACACUUUCUACAUCCGCCUCCCAUACGUCGACCCCACCGCUCUUGUAUUCCCUCCCGUGGGCGGCUGGCCCGAUGUCAACGCAACCGAACUGCACAAUAGCGGCAAAAGCAACGAGGUUAUCGAACUUCUCCGGCACCUGCCAUAUCUCGAGCAUUCCAGUAUUCGCGGCGGAUGGACCAUUGAUUCUGAGAGCGCAUGCAUUCAGUAUCACAAAGGUGUUUGCUAUAAUGAUUCACCUGAUGCUAUCAGAAACUUGCCAGGUUAUGUCAUCCCUAUCGCGGAUAUGGUUGAUAGGAACGGGAGUUAUCUAUUACUCGAUACAGAAACCGGAAACGUUACCAGUUAUAGCAUUAUGGCUAACAAUAUCGGAGGUAAUAACUGGGAUGAAUACGAAAGACUGGCAGAGAGUGACAAGUGGAGGGCUUCUCCGACAAUGCCUGUCAAACAGUUCUUUGAAAGGUGGCGAAUGUUGUACGAGAAGCUUAUUUGGAUGGUCGCGCCGCCUGUUGAUGAUUCACAUGGAGAUGGAGGAACUUAUUUCACCAGAGCAGAUAACGCUGUCGAGGAGGAUGAGAUGCUGGAGAGUGAUGAUGUUGAUGAUGUGGAAAUUGAGGACGAGUGUACAAAGGCAGUCUAUGACAUUUACAAGAAGCAUGGGUGGCCCGGAAGAACCUUUGAUAGAGAAGCUUGUAAGAGCGAACUCAAAGAGUAUCUGGAAGACUAUUAG